AAUCUAAAAUUUCCUCAAAAAUAUCAAUUUCUUUUUGUUUUAUUACGAAACAGCUUUUCAGUUCCACACGUCUGCUCUGAAGACUGGAGAUCGCCGGAGGAAUAAGGAUCUCCAGAAGAAAAAAGAAUACCAUUAAUUUGAUCAUCAAGACGCGUAAACUCGUCUCAAAUUUGUUCGUGGUGUUCUACGUUGUAUUUUGGUUUAUCAAGAAACAGUAGUGAUCGAGAUGUUGUUGAUGACAAGUUGUAAUUAAAAACAUAACUAUGGGAAUCUUGUCACGCAGUAGUAGUAGGAGAUCAGAAGAGAGCAUGAAGCUUCUUACAACUGCUUUGUUUGCUAUAGCUUUUGGCAUUCUUCUUGGACUAUCUUUUCCAUCUUUAUGGAUCACUCAGACGAGUCUCCCCAGAAAUCUUCUUCGUUCCAUUGCUAUCUCACAUAGGAAUUCAGAAACUGCAACUCCUCCCAAAGCCAUUGAUAUCACAAAGAUAUGGGAGCCUUCAAAUCCUCGAGGCGCUGAGAGAUUACCACCCGGUAUUAUUGCAUCCGAAUCAGACUUCUACUUGCGCAGAUUAUGGGGGAACCCUGAUGAGGAUUUGAAGAAACAACCGAGAUAUCUAGCAACAUUUACUGUGGGUUAUAAGCAGAGACACAAUAUAGAUGCAUAUAUUAACAAGUUUUCAGACAACUUUACAAUUGUUCUGUUUCAUUACGAUGGGAGGACUAGUGAGUGGAAUGAUGAGUUUGAGUGGUCAAAGAAUGCAAUACACAUAAGUGUCAAAAAGCAGACAAAAUGGUGGUAUGCAAAGAGAUUCUUGCACCCGGACAUUGUAGCACAAUACGAUUAUAUAUUUAUAUGGGAUGAAGAUCUUGGAGUCGAUCACUUCAACGCAGAAGAAUACGUACGCAUAGUGAAGAAGCACGGCCUUGAGAUUUCGCAGCCUGGUUUGGACCCAGAGAGAGGGUUUAAUUGGCAGAUCACCAAAAGAAGAGAACAUAGUGAAGUCCAUAAGGAAACAGAUGAGAAACUAGAUUGGUGCUCUCAUCCUCCACGCCCUCCGUGUGCUGGAUUUGUGGAAAUCAUGGCUCCUGUUUUCUCAAAAAAUGCGUGGCGCUGCGUGUGGCAUAUGAUCCAGAAUGAUUUGGUUCAUGGUUGGGGUCUUGACUUUGCACUCAGAAGAUGUGUUGAGGAGCCUGCAUAUGAGAAGAUAGGAAUAGUAGACUCUCAGUGGAUCGUUCAUCAAUUUAUCCCUUCCCUUGGCAAUGAGGGAAACUCAGAGAACGGAAAAGCGCCAUGGCAAGGGGUGAGAGAUAGAUGUCAAAUGGAAUGGAAAUUGUUCGAGAAAAGAGUAGAAAACGCAGAGAAGGAUUAUUUCAAAUCGUUACAAGUUGAAAGCCCAUCCAAUUCAACCACCUCUCGAUAGGACCUUACCAUAUUAGUAGUUCUUGUAGCCAGGAUAAACUUCUGAGGUGCUAUAUAUACUAUAUAGACUGUCUCAACAUAUAUACAUUUUUACAGGUUAGAGAUGAACCACAUCUCUUUAAACAGAUUCCAUUGAUAUUAGUAAAGAGGACUGUCCAUAAUAAUUCAUGGUUUUAAUCACAAAAAAGAUUGUGAGGAGCUGAAACAGAACAGGUGUGUGGACUCUGAAAUGAUUUGUCAAUGCGUCUGGACAUUAUUACAUGGCAUUCUUAAGUUAGCGAUCGUGAGAGAGUGAGUCUCCACGUGUCGAUUACGAGUCGACCUCGGGAGAACAAGGAGCUCUCCACAACGCAUCACCUGGUUGGCUGAUCGCAAUACGUGUCAGAAGAUCUACAAACAAAACACAACAUAGAAAAAAACAAAACAAAAACAGAGUUUUUUCACUUUUUAAUUCUGUUUUCGUUAUAAAAAGGACGAACCUACCUUGUGUCCACCACAAUCAAGUUGAGACAUUGAGAGGGAUGAGUCUCUAAGGACAACCUCUCUUGUGUCGACACGUGCGUAGACCACCGCUGGUUAAAAAAACAAAAA